UUUUGUGCAGUAAUUUUUGCAUAAUUUUUUCCUACGGGUAAUUACGUCGUAAGCCACAUGACUACUUGCGCGACCUAACCUAGCUUUUCGAGGUUGACCGUUGACUCAGGUCGACCAUGUGUUCGUGCGUCCUAAGGAGUCUGUUUCGCGCGCGACCACCAUCCCUUGAAGUUUUUGGAGGCGGUUAUGCAACCCAGACAUACUCGCGGCUGAAAAUAACAAGGAAGUUCUCGAGCAACGCGGGGGAAAAGGACCGCGGCGACGAGGACGACGAUACCGCGAACAAGAGUGCCGGUUAUAACCUCGCGGCCGCUAUAAACACGAAGUACAAGGUGUUUCAUGACAAAGACGCGGACGUCAUCCUCGACGUGAGCGAGGAGCAGCAAAAAAUCCUCCUCGAGGAUCUGAACAAGCAGGAGGAAGUCCGCGAUCCUUACGCCGAUAUAAAUUUAAACCAUGGUAUUACUGGCGUAUUCGAUAUCGAGGAUCUCUUCGAGUUGCUGGAAAGAGACAAGGCCAAGGACAUCUUCGUCGCUUCAGUCCCCAAGGAGUAUGCUUACGUGGAUUACAUUGUCGUCGUGACUGGAAAUUCGCGAAAGCAUAUGAACGCUCUGGCCACCUUUGUGCGUAAGGUUUACAAACUGAAAAAGUAUCAGACUGAGUCGAUACCUAAAAUUGAGGGGGAGAACUCGAAGGAUUGGAUGGCUCUGGAUUUAGGAAACAUCGCCUUGCACAUUUUGUCGCAGCCUGCCAGGGAGCUUUACGACUUGGAGACCUUGUGGACAGUCGGCUCGCAAUACGACGAUAAGUCCAACGAAUCCGAGGAACUGAACAUUAUGGAUCACUACAACGCUUUCCUGGCUGAUCUUCAACCGGCUGAUGAACCGGCUGGUUCAUCUGCUCGAUGAAUCGCACGCGCGUCUACCUUAAUACAACAAAUUCUAAACUAGUCUAAUAAAAAAUGAAUUGUAUACUUAAUAUAGAUUAAUAUAGAAUAAAAAUAUUAUUGUCAAUA